AUGGAGCCCCAUUCGACUUUGGUUGUGUAUGCGACAAUGAAGAUGCAUGCACAACCUCCCAAAGACAAGGUCGAGUUUGAGGUGCUCAUGAUUAUCCUACGGUCGAAGCAAGACCACGGAAAAUUGAAGUCAUUCAUUGUUGACAAGCUGAAUAUGGACAGUGGCUUUAUGUUGCAUGUUAAGAACCUUAAGGCAGAGGUGUAUCGGGCAAUGCUGACAGCUAUCACUUGUGACCCAGCAAGCUGCCAGAUCAUAUCAAGACCAAUAGAGGAUACGACCUUGGUGACAUCCAUUGACGCGCACCCCACUAAGCCAUGGAUUGUGACGGGUCAUGAGGGAGGGAGUUUUUCCAUUUGGGACUACCAAAAGCAGGAAACUGUGAUGAAGUUGCAGGUCAAUGAGGUGCCAGACAAGGGUGCAUGGCAGCGACCUGCCUUGUUUCAAUACAUAAAAGAGACGUCUGUCCAACAUUCGGUUUUUUUAGUCAAAUUCACCGCUGAAGGGAAACGGUUGGUAGUGGGGGAUGGUCGCGGAUACAUCUAUGUUUAUGAUUCCACCGACACUAAGCUGCAUGAGGUCGAGAAAUUCAGAGCUUAUGAUAAGAAAUCUGUGAACUCUCUGGCUGCUCACCCAACAAAGCCAUACCUUCUUCUUUCAUCGUCUGCUUUUAGUAGAAAUAUCAAGCUUUGGGACUUGAGCGAGAACUGGAAAUUUCAAAAUUUCUACGUGAAACCUGAGAAUACAUAUUACGAUGGUGUGCGCAGUGUCAAGUUUAAUCCAAGGGACACCAACACUUUUGCUUGUCUUACCGUUGAGGACAGAGUAAAGGUCUGGAACAUCAAAACUUCCAUUCUUAAAGCCACAUUGAAGGGGCCAUUCGUCAUGGCCGAUUAUUUCUUCACUAGCGGUCAUCAGCACUUGAUGGUUACUUUGAAAUUUGACUCACACAACUCUGAGGUGAAGAAUAUUAAGCAUUAA